GGCUCAAAUUCAGACCGGGUCGGUCCGGCUCAUUAAGUAGGUCUACCGAGGCCAUCUCGCUGAGCUCCCCGGCAUCUGUUUCGUCCCCCGACCGCGCUGCGAGAGACCAAAAAACAACAUGGCCGGCGAUCCAUACUAUCGAUACGCUUCGCUGGAGAGAGACCCUGGAUCUUCUGUUCCUGGUUAUUUACCUCGCGAGGGUUCUGCAUUAGCAUCUCGCAGCUUAUGGGGUGCUGAAAAUUCUCGAACAACUUCUUCCGAAUUUCUUCGAAAUGAUCUACUGCAACCAAGACUUGCAGGUUACACUUUAGAUGGUCAUGCAGGAGUUGUCAGUAAAGGUGUGCCCGGGUACGUUGGAUUGCCUGCUGGGGCUAUUGCAAGAGGAUAUGAUCCAUUAGAUGAUCCAGCUUUACUUAGAAGGGAUGCUGCGUUAGGAAUCAAGCCUGGUCUCACAGAUAUUGAGCGGUCUGAACCAUUUAGAAAAUCUGAUGGCCUCUUGGUGGAUGAAUCUAAUGUCCUAUUUAUUGAUGGUUUGCCCAGAGACUGCACGAGAAGAGAAGUAGCUCAUUUGUUCCGACCUUUUAUUGGCUUCAAGGAAAUUAGAGUUAUUCACAAGGAGCCUAGACAUGUCGGCGAAAAGGGUCAUGUUCUUUGCUUUGUUGAAUUUGAUGAAGCCAAAUAUGCUCUCACUGCACUUCAAGCUCUUCAAGGCUACAAAUUCGAUGACAAGAAACCAGACGCGCCGGCAUUGAAGAUACAGUUUGCGAAAUUUCCUCUUCAUCUUCCUCAUCUUGAUCAGAGACACGGCAGUGCGCGCUAAACCUGCUGAAUUGUGUUUUAAUUAGGAUUAUGGCUGACUGUGGAGAUUAUUUUUUAGAGAUGAUAGAUAUAUCAGUCUUUCCAGCUUUGUAUCUCUGUUGAAGAAUGUAGUUUUUCCUCAUUGAGACAAUGCCACUAUUCUGUAUGCUUGGAAUGCAGGUUCUUAACCCUUCCCUUAUUAACAAUCACACUACAAGUCCCUGACUUUUAUGAGGUUAACAGUGCUUGGGGAGUUUUACUUGAGAUUUUUUUGUU